UUUUCUUUUCCUUUUUUUUUUUCUUCUUUUCAUUUUUGAACAAAAUCAAUGGCAGAUUCCUAUCAACCCAUCGAAGGAGGUGGCUCUUUAGUAAUUGCUUGGCAAAUCAAGAAUAAGAAAGUACUAAUUGUAGGUGGUGGUAAUGUAGCAGCUCAACGUAUUGUUUCAGUGAAAAUUGGUGAUGCUCAAGUAACAUUAGUGGCUCCGUCAGAUGGUCUUCAUCCUGAAGUGCGACAACGUAUUGAACAUGGAGAAGUGGUUUGGUUGGAUCGUACGUUUCAAGACAAAGAUGUGGAAGGAAUGGAUAUGGUAUUGACGGCUUUGGAUGAUCAUGACGAAUCGUUACGAAUUGGACAUUUAUGUCGACAACAACGUAUUCCUGUUAAUGUGGCCGAUGUACCAGAUAUGUGUGAUUUUUAUUUUAUGAGUCAACAUCGUGAUGGACCUCUUCAAAUCUCUGUAUCAACCAAUGGACGUGGACCGAAAUUGGCUAAUAUGAUUCGAACCACUAUGGCUCAGGCUUUACCUCCCAAUGCAGGCGAUAUGGUAUAUUAUAUGGGCGAAUUACGAGCCAAAGUACGACAAUGGGAACCAAAGAUCGAUCAAUCAGCAAAAAGGAUGGGAUGGGUGACUAAAGUAUGUGAAGCUUGGGGACUUGAUGGUAUGGCUCGAUGGACAGAAGCAGCUGCAAAAGAUUCUACUUUGAUUGAUACAUUACAACCUUAUUUUGACAGCAAUCAAAUACCCACGUUGGACAUGGUCUUACCUCAGGUGUAGUUUUA